GAUAACACCAACCCGGAGGAGACGAGAGCGCCGUGGACGGGCGACCGCCCGUUUUCAGUGGCAUCUCCAUCGUCGUGGUUUGCAACAUUUGACGAAACAACAGCUUGCAUCCAUUCACGACCGGCUUGGAAGGCAUCACUCGAAGGACCCUGCGUUUCUUCGACAGCUACAAGUAGCAAUGUCGACUACAUCCAGGGCACCGUGGCGCUGCGUGUGGUGCAAGAGGUUGAACAAGAACCACGCGAUGACGUGCGGUUCAUGCUACACAAGUUGGGAACAUUGUGUGGAUAUCAACUACGUGCACGGCAGCCAGAAUGCCAAGAGUCCCAGAAGACGUCAACAGCAGAAAUGGGAAGAAUGGGAAGAAUCUACAUGGGAGGCACCUGCAAAGAAGGAGAAGCAUCCCAAGACAAGAAAGGUUACGCAAUCACCUCGACCGAGGGGAAGUACGCCCAGAGGCAAGAAGAAGCAAUCGCAGUAUGGAGCUCCUGCGUUGGAACCGCCAUGGAAGGGUACAGAUGCUGUGCCAGUGCAACCACAAGCCUCCACAGCGACCAACGCACUUGCAGAGCAGCAACUGAAAGAACUUCUCGAAGCACUGGAGACUUCGGAAAACCCUCUUUCAGCAGAUGUGCAAAAGGUAGUCGAAAAGACCAAACAACCAAUUGCAACUGCGAAAUCAGUCCGACAAGCUUUCCAUCACCUCGAGCAGAAAAGGAAACACCUGAUCGCAGCACAGAAGGCAAGAGCCAACCUACAUCACUCCUGGAACACCUACCUGGAGGAGUCCAUCAAGCGCUGGCGCACUUUUGCAGAAGAUUUUGCAAAGAAGGAUGCGGCGCUGGAACAGAAGGUUGCAGAAGCCAAAGAUGCGAUGCUAGAGGCCAAGGAGAAGCACGAUGCAGCGAAAGCGGCAUUGGACAAGAAAGAUGCGGAGGUUCUGGAUGCAGAGGAAAUCUCAGAAGACAUGGACGAGGACGUGCCGGAGAAACUAGCAUCUGCGGAGGAAAUCCAGAAUGGCAUCACCGCGAUGUUGACCACUCUCGAGAAUGGUCGUGUACGGCCAGCAGAGGAGACAGAGGAGGAACAGGUUUGUCCAGGGCAUGAAUUUGGACAGCAUCCAGCUGUUCUCCAAUGGCAACAUUCAAUCUUGGAAGAAUUGAACUUUGUUCCAGAGUGGAAGGCAUCCAUUCAGGCUUUAGACCUGCAGUAUGAGCUCAAUCCGAUGUGUGGAGCGCAUUCAGAGCGAGCACCAAGCAGAUCUAUGUCAAGACGAGCAUGGCAGCGGGUCUCCUUUGCAGACAAAGCAGAUCUCUAUGUGGGCCCAGAGAAUGACUUUUCCUUGCAAAGAUGGCCGCUGAACCUUGCGCAGAAGAUAUCGGAGGCAAUGAUUUUUCAACCGCAUCACCUUUCUGACGAAGUCACCUUCAUGGCUGUUCCAGUUCGACGCGAAGAUCGUCAACUACCAAAUGGUGCACCGAAUCAGAUCAUCGAUGACGCUGACAUUGCCAUGGAUCCACAAGAAGCAGAAGACCAGCUGCAGCUUCAACAAGGAGCACAUGUUGAUCUUGCUGACUAUGAACUUGAAUCAGUGCUAGAGGAGGCGUCUGACAGGGAAAGUACAGCAAACGCCCCAGACUGGCACUCGACAGUCCUUUUUGCAAUUGAUUUCGCGGAGACUCCAUUGCGUUUGGACUGGAACGAUCAUGACAGCUAUCACAAUUUGGUUGCACAAGCAUUGGCCAUUUCUACUCAUCAACUUUAUGACACUCAUCAAGUACGGCAUCGACCAGAUGAUCUUGCGAGAGCAAACACAGAAGCCAUCAUUGCGCAUCGACAUGGAGAUCUUUCACCAGGAUCUGCACUACGACUGGUCCUUAUUGAUGUGGAAUUUCACAGCGCUUUGCCGACAAUCCAGCCAGAGAUUGUGAGAAGGGUCUACAAGUUGCCGCCUCACAUUGGCAGAAUCACGUUGCUGCACUCUCUUGGCCUUGGACAUUAUUGUAGAGCCCACAACGAUCAAUGCAUUUGUUGGCACAACCAUGAGAUGACCCCAAGAGGCAGUGCAGCUCUGAUGUCCAUCAACGAUGGGGAUUACCUCAGAAUUGCCAUUCCACCUGGGGAAGCAGAACAUUGCCAUCUUGGGACGCGCAACCUUGCAAAUGUUUUCCAUCAUGGCAUUACAGUUGAAGAGCUCCAAGAUCAUCAAGCACUACGAGCAGCAGGUUGGACAAAUUCACAGCUGACGACAUCCAUGGUCCCCAUUGUGCCUGAUUUUGAGGUCACAGAAGAUCAUGCACUUCUACAAUCCUGGAUGACGCCAAAGCUAGAUGAACGACCUGAUUUCCUAGACAAGGACUUUGUGAUGCCCGUCCUUGAAAUGAAGUCACAUGGAGAACAAGACGCACCCAUCUUCCAUACGUCUUGUGAUACCAUCAUGCCAGCCCCGGCGAAUUGGCAACAAGAUCUCGCAGACCAGCCAGAUACAAUCAGACAACUCCAUCAACGCCGACAUGACCAGGCAAGAGCUGCCACUGAGACAGAAGAUGAUUCUUUUGUUGUUCAGACAUGGUACCUGAGUUUCCCACAUCAUCAGCGUUGUGUGGCGUCCAGAGAAGUUCGCCUUGCAGUGGAUUACUGGAAUUGGCAACGUCACAUUCUCAGAGCAUGGCAAGAUAUACAUGAGGACAACAUGCCGGCGGAGCUCCACAUUGUAUAUCCGAAUCCACCAGGGCGAACAUUUGUGGAUAAUCGCCAAUGCCAUGUCAUUGUGGUCUCAAGGUCUGCGGCUGACCAAAGGGCAUCUGUCAUCACUGUCCUGAACAAUCGAGUGGCCACUGGCAGUGUGUAUGAACAGGUUGCGCUCUUCGCGCCAAUGUCUGCCACGUAUGAUGAGAUGCUCACAUUUUUUGCGCUUGAUACUCUUUGUGGCAGAGAUCUGGAGGCGCGUCAUUGUUCCUUUUGGCAUGGCGAGGACUUGCUUGACCUCAAUGUUGAUCUCAUGCAAAGACCUGGACAAGCCCAGCAGUCAACAAUGAACCCAUAUGCUCUUGAGUUCCGGCCAGGUAGCGCGUGUCUGCGCUUGCAGACUGAGUUUAUCCAGGAUCUCCAUGGACAAUGGCAGACUAAAGCAGCAACAAGGGGAGAAGAGACCAAGUCAUGCUUUGUUACGACAUGGAUGGUAGAUCAUGGACGGCAGCAACUUCAUUGCGACCACCCUCGCAAAGCCAAGCUUCAUGAUCAGCCGCAGUACUGGACUGAGACAUUCAAGCAUCUUUGGCGUGACAUGAUUCAUGAAGGCGAACCACUUGAAUUUCUCCUGGUUCAGCCCACACCGCCAGAUGGAGAACAUGACAAUGCAGGACAUGUCAUCAUCAUUCAGAAUCCACAUGAUGUUCUCAUCACCAACCUGAUCACUGUGUACAAGCAUGAACAAGGGUUACAAGGCCCUGCAAUGCAGAUUGCAGGCACGACACAUGAGCAUCUGAAAGCCGAGCACAUCAUUGAUGGCAUUGGCCACACCGAAUUGUGCUACAAUGCAGAUGCGAUCUAUCAAUGUGAAGUUUGGUAUGCAGAACAUCAACUACCACGUGGCACUACAUGGCCUGGUCGCAGCGGUACAAGUAUAGUGGUGCAUCUUUUACCUGCGGCACCCAUAGAAGAACGAUUGAUGGAAGUACUCUGCAGUUUGGGCUAUGUGCGAGCAGUCAUUCUGCAACAAGAAGAACUGUGCUGGAACUGGAGGAAGAUUACAUUUUCGCAUCAGGAGCCAAUCUUAGAGCAAGAGCCACAAAGUGUGAAGGCCAGAAGCCCAUGGCCAGCUAGACAACCUGUGCUGGCUACACACGGAGACGCUUUGAUUGAUCUUCACCAAGUUCCAGAAUUGGAAGCUCCAUGCGUCCUGCGCACAGACUUCAAUGUGGAGGACAUGAAGCUGCUCUUUAGCUCUGGGGAUGCAUGUCUUUGUCAUGACUUUGGUAUCCCUGACCUGCCAGAUUACAUCCAGUCCAAGUUUCAAAUGCCACAAGGAUCUGACAAGAAGCAAAAGAAAGUUGGCCUCAACAUUGACUUCAAAGAUCCCAUCAUCAAGGAGGGGUUGAUCAAGUAUCAGCCGGAGUCCUGGGACGUCGAUGUAGAACAGCAAGCAGGUCAACUGGUUCAACAUCUUCAGCAAUCCAUGGGCUCUCUGCGCACACAGCAAGUGGCCAGUGCCAAGAAAGCAUACGUGACCCCUGAAGUUUGGCAACUUCGAGUGCAGAAGCUCCAAUGCAGGCAGAUCACGAAAGAAAUCAGACGUAGACUGGCGGCAGAGACGCUCUACCAGGUCUUCAAGGCGUGGACAAACAGAGCAAGCACAACCGACUUUGCGCAGUUCUUCAACUAUGGCACCAGCUUGCGUUGCAGCCAAGUGAAGAUGUACCUAGGAUUCUGCAGAUAUCGCAAGCUGAUGAGAGCCAAGCUACAGAUCUCUAAGUCAGCACUCCUGCAAAAGAGAUUAAGCCAACUGCAUGAGAACAGUGCGGCAGCGGACAUCCUCAAGGCCGAUUUCCAGCUUACCAUGGAGGAGGUGCCAACGCUCACCGAGAUGGAGCUGGCGUACAGGCGAGUUGCUUGCAAGAAAGCCACCGGCCUAGAAAGCACCAUCGGCCCUGCCAUCAGCUACCUUCUAGACUUGUACGAACAGCAUUUGAUGUCACCGAAUCUGAUUUGUGAGAGGCAGACGCAGAAAAUCUCGCUCGUCAAAGAGUACCGCCAUUUAGGCGGUGUGCUUCAUCACACCAGUGAUCAAGCACGUGAAGUCGCGCAACGUUUGGCAAUUGGCCAUGGAGCCUUCAACCAGCAUCGGCGCUUACUCUACCACAAUGACCACAUCGAAGUGCAGAAGAGACAUGAAAUCUUCAACACCCUGGUCCUCACGAAGGUACUGUAUGGAGCAGACUCAUGGAUUGCAGGUGACAUUCGCACUAUGCGCAAGUUUGAGGCUGCCAUUCUACGUUUGUAUCGACGCCUGCUGAAAAUCAAACCAGACACGCACAUCAUGGAUCAAGAGAUCAUUGCAUCAACCUCUUUGCCUACCCCUACAACGCUUUUGAGGAGAUCUCGAUUGCGGUAUCUUUCUGUGCUUCUCCGCUGCGCUGUUCCAGAUCUUUGGCAUCUACUAGGUGCCGAUAGACAAUGGGUUCAGGUCAUUGAGGACGACAUGAAGUGGAUGUGGGAGCAACUGAGACGGGCUUCAGCCUUGAAGGAUCCCAGCCAACAUCCGGACCAAUGGUUCGAUUUGAUCAGUCAUCAUUCUUCCUAUUGGAAAAAACUGGUCAACAGAGCCUGUCUUCAUGAGACCAUGCAGAUCCAGAAACAGCAUCUUGUUACCACCUCUCUUCAGCGCAUGUGCAACAGACUACAUGAGCAUUGUGAUGAUUGGCUGGGAAACGUGCAAUGGGAGAUGCCAGAACAGAAGCAGGACAUUGACGACAAGCUCUACAUCUUCCUGGUUGACUUCUUUGUGGACCACCAGGACAAGGACGUGGAGCAGACGAGCUUGCAUGACGCGAUCUAUGGCCACAUUAAGGAGAAUGCAAUUUCAUGGACAAGGGCGCAAAGCACUUUCCAUUUUUUUGUGACCAAUAUCGAUGAGGCAGAUGCGAGCGUAUUUGGUUUUGCAUUGAAGCACGUGCAAGACAUCUUUGCCGCCUUUAGAAGAGUUUGGCGCACAACGACUCUAAAAGAGUAUGCGCCGGCUUUCUGCCGGGCCAUUUCUUCGGCAAUUCGU